AUGAUAUUUGAUCAAAAAAGAAAAAUGACGACAACAAAGGAAUUAUUAUUACAUAUAUAUAGGAAUAGAUUUUUAAUCGAUACUAUUAAACAUCAUAAUCGAAGUGAUCAACAGAGAAGAGAUGUUGGUUGUUGUAUAGAGAGAAUUAGUCGGUACGAUCAUUGGUAUACGGCCGAACAGAUGUUAUCAAAUAAACACGACCAACAGGCACACACCAACCUAUUGAUUGACAAGUUAAAGAGAGGUAUUCAUGUACCGUUUACAGAGAAAUCAAUCGCAAUGAUAUGUAGACGUGUAGAUGAUCUAGAACAAUUCAAAUACCUCUAUCAAGUAAAGAGAAACUCAUUCUUGGGUGGUGACUUGGUACAGUCGGCUUGUAAAGCUGGUAAUCUACAAAUCAUCAAAUUACUACUCGAUCAGGAACACCCAAUCAAGUUGUCAACUGAAGGAUCUUAUUUAUCGGCACUCAAACACGGACAUCAACAUGUACUACAAUUUCUAAUUGAUCAUCGUAUCAUGUUUCCAAUUGAUGAAAUGACAAGUCAGUUUAAAUUGGUACCAAUAUCAUUUGGAAUGAUUAAAGCUGCUAAAUGGUUAAAGGCAAAUUAUCGAUCGACCAGCAUCGAGUAUAAUCAAUACCUUGAUUCGUUGGAAUUAGCUUUGGAUGAUUUCCUAGUUAGACAUCCUCACCAACUAAACAAUUUGUCGUAUAUUAAUAGAUACCUAAAAGGAAAGAUGAUGUUACAAGGAUUGGGUAUAACUGAAAUGCUAGAGUUGGAAAUGGAAGAUCAACAGAUUCAUAUUGAAAAGACAAUGGAUGCGAUGAAUACAGGUACCAAUGCAUUCACUUCGUAUAGGAUAUUCAAGCAUGUCAGGUUGGAGGACUUGCCAACCGUCAUUCAAAUGUUUAGCGGCGAGAGAGAGCAGGCAAUGGAGUAUGCAAUGAUGAGAGAGGACAGUGAUGCGGUAUCUGUCAUCAUGUUGAUGCGUGACAACGACUAUCCCAUCCCUCUCAAUAGUUUUACGCCAUACACCAUCAAAAGUGAACAAGUUUGUUACACCCGUACAACUCGCAGAACGCUUUGA